CACCACUUAUUGCGACGCCAUUUAAGCUCCCGACAGAUUUUAUUGUUGGUGGCGGUGAGACUAGGGAUUUGGUUGGAGGUGCUUUAAUUCGUGUUGGAAACAAAUAAGCUAAAGGCGAGGUGGGUGGGUGGGUGAGGGAGAGUGAUCUGGUCGAAGGCCUCGGUUGUUAGGAUGCGCCAGAGGCCGGCGGACGAGCGCGUGCUGCGGGCUUAGACCUGAAGAAACACCGAGGCCUGGCUGCGGCCUACCUCUGGAAGGACCUUUCCCCCACUCCCCCGCCCCUCGCUCUUUAAAAGGCUGCCUCUUUAAUCCUAAACUAUGCCCUUCUUCGCCACCAACCCCUUCGACCAAGAUGUCGAGCCUUUAAGAAUUUGACAUCCCCCCUGAAGUGUGGGGCCUAGUAUUGGAUGCAGUACUCCAGCUGAGGCCUUACCAAAAAAGCCACGAAUGAGCACUACACCAGUGAAGACUGGACUCUCAUCAUGGAUAUCUGUGAUCGUGUUGGGACUACACCAAAUGGGCCAAAAGAUUGUUUGAAGGCCAUUAUGAAGAGAGUAAAUCACAAAAAUCCUCAUGUGGCAAUGAAGGCGUUAACGUUACUAGGUGCCUGUGUCUCGAACUGUGGGAAGAUUUUCCAUCUAGAAAUAUGUUCUCGUGACUUCACAAGUGAAGUUGGAAAUUUAUUAAUUGUAUAUAAUAAGGUUCAUCCGAAGGUGUGUGAGAAGCUGAAGGCAUUAAUGGUGGAAUGGGUGGAGGAGUUUCAAAAGGAUCCCCAGCUCAGUCUUAUUGCUGCUACCAUCAAAACACUUAAAGAGGAUGGUGUUACCUUUCCUUCAGCUAGCUCUCAGAGCCAGAGCACUUCAAAUCCAUCUAAAAAUGGUACAACGGCAAUAAGUAGAAAUACUGAAGAUGUAGAUCUAGCUAAAGCUAUUGAGCUUUCUUUGCAGGAGCAGAAACAGCAACAGACAGAGACCAAGUCUCUGUACCCGUCAACAGAAAAUGCUCCAAACAGCCACAGAACUGAAAUUCGCAUGGUUCGCGCCCUGUAUGACUUUGAGGCUGUCGAGGACAAUGAGCUUACUUUUAAAGCUGGAGAAAUUAUCACCAUUUUAGAUGACAGUGACCCUAACUGGUGGAGAGGAGAGACAAAAAGAGGAGUCGGGCUUUUUCCUUCGAAUUUUGUAUCGACCAGUUUGAGUGCAGAGCCUGAGCCAGAGAAGGUUGUCGUGACAGAAGAGACAACUGUACAAGACACUCAACCUUUAGAGCCUGAGCCAGUUUAUAUCGAUGAGGAAAAGAUGGACCAGGUAUUGCAGUUGCUUCAAAAUGCAAUUCCUACUGAUCAACAGCCUGACUCGGCAGAACUGUUACAUCUAGAAGAUGUCUGCCAACAAAUGGGACCAAUUAUUGAUGAAAAGCUUGAAGAGAUAGACAGGAAGCACUCUGAGUUGUCGGAGCUGAAUGUGAAGGUUUUGGAAGCCCUGGAGCUGUACAACAAAUUGAUGAAUGACGUGCCUAUGUACUCUUCCAUGUAUUCCAAGCCUCAGACCCAGUCCCAAGCUCAGGCUUACUAUGCACAACAGUCAGCCACUGUUCCUAUGCAGGUGUAUCCAGGACAGUCCCAGAGUGGGGCUUACAUGCCAGCGGGCAUCUCACAAGUGGCAGCGAGCCAGGGCUACAGUUUAGGACCAGAUCAGAUUGGAGCACUGAGGUCUCUGCCCCCGACUAUAAACUCAGCCACUGCAACCCAGAGCACUCAGUUGCCCUACAUGAGCACUGGACCACCACAAACAUACAUGAACCAAGCAGCAAACCUUCAGGUGACGACUGGACCAGCUGCUCCCUACACAGCACAAGCAGGACUGAGUAACGAAAUGCCCGCCUAUCAGAACACUACCGUCAGCGGACCUCCGGCUGCAAGCUACCCCAUGGCCUCCCAAGCCCAGCAUAUCCCUCAGCAACAGUCUAACUAUUUUCAGCAGCCUCUGCUUUAAGAGAGGUACACCACAUGUGCGUCUUUCAGCAGAUGUCCUGGUUUCCGUGUUAUUGUGCUAGAUGCUGCCCUGCUGAGAUUUUGUCACACAGUGGGAAUACUGCACUAAUGAGUAAAGUCUGCAUUCAAGAUAUUCCCUUUGAUGGGCACUUACUGUGGACAGUUUUCUUCCUCCCUCCCGCUUGCUUUAAUGAAAAGUAGCACUAAUUACUUACGUUCUUGUAAUCUUUACAGUUAUUUCUCUCAGCUCUGUAUAUUGUUUAAUAUGUUUUAAUAUGCACUUUCUGUCUUUCUUUCUCUGCUGCUCUCACAUCUUGGCAGCUCUGGUUAGUUGCCCUUGCUAGAAAUCGUGGAAGCGCAGUGCCCUCUGUAAGGGACUCUUAUAGGGAGCUUUUCCAUCCAGGCUUUGUUGCAUUUUGAGAACUGUGAAAGGUCACUGCCUUGAUCUACCCUUAACGCAAUUCUUCCACAGUCUCGGAGCCAGAUGAAGGUUCAAAUCUCCUUGUGCUUGGCCACCUGAUCUCAGCUGCAACAGCAGUGGAGAGAGGCUGCUUUUGGCUACAUCGCUUCUUGGUGAGGGAACGAAUCGGCCAGGGUUCAAGCUAAAAGAAAACGCAGAACCCUUGCGGGCCUACCCGAAGGCACCAGAGUUGGGGGAUUAGUUUAAAUGCUCAUAGCUUGGGCGUGCUGAAUAUAUUGUCCCAGUGCCUGCCUGCCUCGAACAGGAACUAGAAAUGCUGUGGCCUUUUUGUGACCUAAUCUGAGUGUCUGCAUGAGACGUGGCAUUGAGUACCAGUGCCCAAUCUUGCUGCAAGAUGUUGCUAGGGAAAGGGUCUUGAACCACUUGGUUUGUCCUGGCCUUCAACUAUUUCCAAUCUUGACUGUGCGCUUAUGUGCAGGGUUUUGGUGUGCAGGGUUUUAAUCACGCUCCACAAUCUGACCAGUAAAUUAGAGAUCUACAAAAUGGCAGUCUGAGUACAAAAUUGAUCGUGAAGGCCCCUCUCUCCACCACCCCCCCACCCCCACCCAGAUCAAUGUGUUAGCAAAGUUACCUAAAUAAACUUAAUAUUUUUUUUAAAUCUUGUAAUGCCCCAGGGCUUUGAAAUAAUGAGCUCAGCCUGGUUUGAUCAACGAGAAAUGAAUAAAACAAAAGCGAUGAUGCAUGGAGAAUGUAUUAUGGGCUGGUUUCAUGGUGCAGUGAGCAUACUAGGGGCUGAUUUCAUAGCGCAGUGAGCAUACUGUGUGCCGAAUUCACAGUAUGGGGCACUCCUGAUGUGUGUGCCUUCACCAACUCUGCUAUCAGUCCUUUUACCAGAUUCCAAAUAAUUUUUGUGUCGGCACAUUCUGGUUUCACCUCCAGGGUAACAUAUGCAAUGUUGAUUUCAUUAUGUCUGACUUGGUUGCCUUCACCUGAUGCACACAUGGUGUAUCCGAGCUUCUGCUUUUCCAUUUUCUAGUAUUGUGGCAGAAUGAAUGCUUCUCAUCUCGUAUGUUGCUGGGCUGGUGGUGAUUGACAAUUCGCUGUUUUCAAAACUGAAGACACACGAUGCACACCAAUGCAUCCACCUUACAGAAUUGGUCAGUCACGGGACCCUUCUCUCUCUCGACAAGAAAAGCUUCAAGGCCUGUUCACAGUCCCAUUUUCAAUUGCCACAUCCCACCACACUUACUGAGAUGUUGAUUUUUUUUUUAUUUCCCGUGUUUAUCCCUAGAUUUUGCAUACCGCUUGUGAGCACUCACUGCAAAUAAGGAUAUGUUUACUAGGUUGGGGAUGGUGAGUGUUGGUGUGUGAGAGACAGAAACUAUAAACGUAGUGUGUGCACCCUCGUGAAUCUUUUUAGUACCCUGAGGAAUGCAUCUUGUCCUGAUCAUCCUAGUGGAUUGUGUAAUAUGACUGGUAACAAGAUAGCUCUCGUACCUUGUUUCCACAUCCCACCCAACAUGUCAAUAUUGAACAGUUGCAUAGUAAUAACCAUUUGAAGUAGGAUUAGCUGAAAUGCAGAUUGUUAACUUCAGAUGCAAUCUGAUGUUCUCGCCUAAGAAUGCCUGGGACAUUGGAUAUGUGAUGGCUUAGAAAACCAAAAUCUAGAUUAAUUGUGUUGUAAAGUUUUAAUGGUGAAUUCCACACCAAAUUAAUGUAAGAUGUAAUGAAAAACUAUCUUAAAGAGCAGCCGUCUGCCAGUGAAUAAACAAAUAGUUUGAUCAACUGGCAGACUGUCUGCAGAGAAGAACCGUCCCAGUGAAUAAAGGGUUUGGGGAGGUGAGAGGGGAUGAGGGAAAUAAAUAAUUAUUGGCCAUGAAGACUUGCUACACUUGUAAUGUUCUUCCUUCCCAAUGUUAAUUUUCUACAUUCUGAUGCACUGAUGCCACCGUAGGCUUGACUGUGUUGUACACCGAAAAGAUAAGGUUAGUUAGAGACUGUCCAAUGCUUGUGUGCCCAAACAACUGGUUGCAGACCCACAUUUUAACCAAUCAGACAGUCUCCCUUGCACCAUUUUUUUAAAGAAACAGAAGAAUUUAUUCUGUUUAUGAAUGUGGUUAUGAACUUCUUUUGCCCUCUGUUCUGGCCUCAUACGAACAUUGCUGUGGCCACUGGAUAUUCAGUAAGUUGUCUUUCUCUCCAUACCCCCAACCCGACUUCCACGUGUUCAAAAAGUAGGUGCUCAUCUAGACUCUGCUGGCAACCAUUGCAGUUUGUCUCUCGCCCUUUCCUCCUCCCUUUCCCUCGAGACUAUUUGGAGUGUGCCCAAGGAUUGCCACCCCCUGUGUUCAAAUCCAUUCUGGGAAUUGCAUUGAAAUCCAACUCCCUGGAGAGAGUCGUACUGUGUGGUUUGUGGAGCAGUCGUUUCUUUGUGGAGUCUUGUUCUGGCUGGAUCCCUUCAGACUCUGACAUAGUGUCUGCUCCUCAUAAAUCACUUCAAAUCUGUCACUUUUAUUCCAGUUAUUCUUUUGGCAUUAUAUUGCCACUUUGCCGUUUUUAUUUAUAUAGAACUUAUAGCACAGAAACAGGUCAUGCUAAAUGGUCCCUGUUGGCAUUUAAACUCCACACAAGCCUACCAAUCCUCCCUGUAUUCCUUUCUUCCGUCAUGUGCUUUCCAGCUUACCCUUAAAUGGGUCCAUGUCAUUCGCCUCAACUAAUCCCUAGGGUAGCGGGUUCCACAUUCUCACCACUCGGAGAACUUGCUGCUGAAUUCACUAUUGGAUUCAUUAGUUAAGGACUUAUUGCAGUUAUGGACUCUCCCAGAAGUAGAAACAUCUAUUCCAUGUCUACCCGAAAUUUGAAAGAACUCAGUGGUGUCACCAGGUUGUAGAGUGGAGGGGGGGUGGGGGGUGCCAGGGGGUUGAAGGUCUUCUGUUUUGGUUGCCCCCAAUAUUUAAUUUAUUUUCAAAUUAUUGGAUAGAGAUUUUAUUGAAUUUUGAGUGUUAUCAGAAGUAGGCUGUAAGCCAAAAACAGCCUUGAAGGAAGAUGGUGAUCAUUUUACACUUUUGAGUGGCUUGAAGGAAGAUGAUCAUUUUAUUUUGCCAUAAUUCUUUGUCCCCUUUAUUUUAAUCUACUUAUUUAUAUAAAUUACUUGUACUUAGAAUCAGCACAAUAAGAUGGAAACCAAUUUCUUCUGUUUCCCACUGCCCUUAAAUAAAUUCUAUUAUACUGUAUGUUGAGCAGAUUGUUUAUAGUUGUAUUUUACUUUAAUCCUUCCUUUUCCACAAUGAAAAUUGCCUUCUGGCAGUUUUGACUGGUGUCCCCACUCUUGACUUGCUUUUGUGUGUGAUGCUCAAUCAUUGUAAUUGGGAGUGUGGGAUUAAUCCUUCUCUUUCAAGUUUUUUUUGGAUCUGUCUGAGAACCCUUUUUAAUUUUAUUUUCUCUCCGUUGAGUGCUGUAAUAUAUAGAGGCAAGAUGUCAGCAAGAAUGAUGCACACUGUUUACUUGUACUGACAGUUACUAGGCUUCGUUGCCUUCCAGGUUCUUCAAAUAAUAAAGGAAUUAAUUUUUGUUUAAAA